CAAAGAUUGUAUAAAUUGUUGUUUUGUUCUCCAAAUGAUAUAUCUGUUAGUUACUCAAUUUGACAUGAAAAUCAUUCUUAUAUUUAUUCCUCUUCUAUUGGCAUGCCUACUUACAGGUAGCCUUUGUAGGAUUGAAGAUUUAACACAAAAUUCGACACGUUGUUGCACUAGUGAGGCAAUUUCGUGGAUGCAGUUUUGUUGUUGUCUUAUUGGAAAACCGAUUGAUAAAGGAAACUGUAGUAAAUGCUUUGUUACCUUUCUAGAAUGUUUACAAAAUUGUUCUACGCAUAUGUGUAGGCGAUGAGAUUUCAAGUUUUCAACAAUAAAUACAAUUAAUUAAUUAAAGAACUAAA